UAUAUAUGUAUAUAUCUAUAUCUAUAUCUACCUCUCUUCUCACGUAUACGAUACCUCUCUUCGCGAUUAUCAAACCCACCUUCUUCAACUCUUCCUACUUUCAAUUCAACAUCUUCCAUCCAAAAACGCCAAAAAAAAAAAAAAACCCUUCUAUUCGCUCAAUCUUUGAUAUCAACAAUCAAGAAUUACUUAUCUGAAUCRCAUGGCCAUGGAGCAAUAUCUCCAGGAUUCAGUACCAGAAAACAACUUUAACAAAGAGGAUGAUGCCUCUUUAAAGUGGAAAUCCUCAACGGAAUCCGUUGAUGAGUCUGAAAACAGUCCUUCAGGUGGUUUCSACUGCAAUAUCUGUCUGGAUACGGUCCACGAUCCAGUGGUGACACUAUGUGGGCACCUCUACUGUUGGCCGUGCAUUUACAAAUGGAUCCACCAGCAAAGAACCACAUYUGAAUACCCAGAUAAGAAAAAUGUCCAGUGCCCUGUAUGCAAAAGCGAAGUCUCCCAAAAGACCAUAGUCCCAUUAUACGGCCGUGGCCAGACCACUGAACCAUUAUCUGAUGAAAAAGGUCAGGAUCUUGGCAUCAUGAUCCCACGAAGGCCCCCAAGUCCCAGAUGUGGUCUACACACCAUCCCCACUCAGCAACUUAACCAUCGGAAUCAUCAACAAGCACCAAUGGCUAUAACCAUGCCUGGUCUUGGUGGCAUGACCAUGACCAAUAUGAUCAAUCCAACGAGCCCAACGACAGGAAUGCUUGGAGAGAUGGUGUACGAGAGAAUUUUUGGUAAUUCGCACCCCAGUUUAUUUGCAUACCCGAAUUCAUACAAUCUAGCAGGGAUCAGUACUCAACGGGCAAGAAGGCAGGCAAUGCAGGCGGAUAGAUCCCUGAGCCGGAUAUGCUUUUUCUUGCUAUGUUGCGUGAUAUUGUGCCUUGUGUUAUUUUGAUAACGUUUGAAAAACCCACUAUGUGUAUACUGUUGUAGGAAUGUAUGUAGUAGAAUUGGUUGGUUGGUUGGUUGGCUGGCUAUCUAACACUGUGGUUAGAAUUGUUGUCACACCGAGUAUGUUAAUAGUUUCUUUUGCCUACUUGUGAAGUUUUAUUUUAUGAAUUCACUUGUUG